AUGAGUAUAGUAAAGCAAGCUGAAUUACCUAAUUUUCGCUUUGAUGUAAAUAGUGUUAGUAGUCGAGCUUUGAUAAAACCUGUAGAUCAAACAAUUUCUAUUAGUGGUCUCUCAGGUUCAAGUGGUGAACCUGGUAUUAAUGGUACAUCAGGAAUAUCGGGAAGUUCUGGAUACUACGGUGGGUCUGGUUCUAAAGGUGGCAAUGGUACUAAUGGAUUAGAUGGUAAGCCUGGUCAAUCUGGUACAGAUUCUCAACAUGCAUUGAUUCGUUUAAAUGGAACAGUAGAAAAUUUAAAUGUGCAGCUAAAAAUAUUUCAAAAGUUGGACAAUUUGUUUGAGCCUUCCCUUAAUGUUCGCUGGAAUUCCUCCGAUGUCCCUAAUGAAGCUAAUUAUAAUUUUCAACUGGCUAAAUCAAAAGGAGUUAUUCUUAUUGAGGCUGUUGGAGGCAAUGGUGGGGAUGGAGGACAAGGUGGAAGAGGAGGAAAUGGUGGGAGCGGAGGAAGUGGUGGCGAUGGUCGAGAUGGAUCACCGGGAUAUAGCGGUAGCAACGGGACAAAUGGUGGAGAUGGACAAAAAGGCGGUUCUGGAGGUAGUGGUGGUAAUGGUGGAUCUGGAGGAAAUGGAUGGAAUGGAGGGAAUGCUGGUGCUGGUGGUAAUGUACAAGUUCGAAGUAUAGAUUCUCGACUUUUUAUGUUGAUUGAAAUGGAUUGUCGAGCAGGAAAAAAAGGUAAAGGAGGUGAUGGUGGACAAGGUGGUAGUUACGGGAGCGGUGGUUCAGGUGGACGUGGAGGGAGAGGUGGACCUGCCGGAUACGGCUUGUCGCCAGGUACCAAUGGUACAGAUGGUUUUCACGGUGACAGCGGCAGCUCUGGUAUAUCAGGUAGUAAAGGUACUGCUGGCAUCGAUGGUUGUCCUGCAAGCGAUGGUUCGAUUCAAUACAUUUUAGUUGAUGCAGAUGAUAAUAUUUUGGAGACAGGUUCUGAUAAAUAUCAUGCUACUGUUUGUUGUUAUAUUAUCAUGGAUGAAAAUCAAGAUGAAAUCUACGAGCCCGACUCAGAUAUUUUUGUCACAAAUAUUAAGUGGACAAAUAAUGGUGCAAUGAUUUUACCCAAUGGAUCUGUAUUGUCAAUCCGAUCUACGAAAUAUAUUUCUAAUGAUAUAAAUGAUGUUAGUGUAUUGACUAGUGCUAAUAUUAAUGAAGUCUUAUGUGAUUCACAUCGUUUCAAAUGCCAUAUAAAUUCUAUAUCUGCUCUUCCGAUGAAUCAGCCAUACAUUCAACCCAUACAAAUAACAUCAGAAAUUCAUCUAUUGAACCGUCUAUUCACUGGUAGUGAAGUUUCAACCACUUUAAUCUGUCAAUAUCCAAUUCAAAUUACAGAUAUAGUAAUCCCAUCAUAUCUAGGUCCAAACGAACGAGCCAUUGUAACUGUCAAUUUUACUAAUAUAUCUUCACGAUCAUACGGAGCAUGCUUCAAUUCAGCUGGUUCUAUAGAAUUCAUACUAUCUACGCAUUCUUUAAUUAAAAUUAUACCGAUGAAUGAGGAAUGUUUUUAUCAAAUAACUUCUGAUGGUCGUGGUAUCUAUAAGAUAAAUGGUACAGUUACGCCAAAGUCAAAAAGAAGUAUCCGUUUUGAAAUUAUUUUAGAUGCCGCUGCUAAGAAACAAAUUUAUGAAGACUUAUUUUGGACAAUAGACUUAUUAUUACGCGACGUAUUUAUUGAAAGACAUACAAAUAACAUUCGUGUUAUUCCUGUAUUUAACCCGAAUGUACAUACCGAUAUACUCUUAAUUACUAAUUCUCAAUUUAGCCGAGCUGAAUUUCUUGCCUAUGAGAACUUAUUUCAAUUAUUCAACUAUUCAAGUCAAAUUUGGGAUAUUGAACGAUAUGGCAUAUUUUAUAAUCAGAAUGUGAAUUGGUUGAAUACAACAGAUUUAAUUAUUUUUAUCUAUUCAAAUCCUCAAUCAACAUUCAAAGUAAUUAACUCUCAAUUACUUUUACAACAUAUGAAUUCCUCGGAAAACGCAGGUUUCAUUUGUAUCGGUAAUUGUAAAUUGAAUGACUUUGAUUUUGCUUUAUUUGAUUACAAUAAAUUACAAUUUAUUAAUAUGAAACAAAAAACAAAAUCUGAAGCUAGAAAUCAUCUAUGGUCUGGUAUUGGAUUCAGACGACCUAGUAUCGAAGAAAUAAUUAAGAAGGGAAAUAAAAUUAGAAAUAAUUUUGAAAAAAAAGAUCAUACAUUUUUAUAUCAAUGCGUUUAUGAUAAUACCAUAAAUACAAACUCCAUGCAUUUUAUGACCGUUGGUUAUGGAAAUAAAUAUGUAUAUAAAUCAACUUUAGAUUCUCAAGUUGGUAGCCGAUUAAUUAUGGUUACUAGUGAUGAUCCUCUAUUAGUGAAUUCUCAUUUGCCAUUCACAUUGAAAACGCAAUUAAGUAAUAAACGUCAAAAUGAGAUUAACUCGCCUUAUAACCAGAAUAUUGAUAAAAAUUCAGAAUUUCCAAAUAUUAUUCAACGUGGAAUUGAUUUAAACUCAAAUUUUGGUAGAUUAUUAUGUGCUAUAUUAUUCUAUCAAGGAUUUGAAAAAUCUCAUGCAAUAAUUAGUGAAAAGCAUGAAUUGGCAAGUUGCGUAUUUAUAAUGAAUUCGAAUAAAUUUAAUUUCGAUCAAAUUUUAGCAAGUCUUGCAAUGUCGAUUAUAGAACGUGAAUACGAUCGUGAAAUUCUAGAAUUUCCAUUAUCAAAACUAUUAGUAAAGCAAAUAGCUAAUGUGAUUGAAAAAGAAAAGAAUAGAACGAAUGAUCAUGAAGUACAAAAUAACGGUUGGUUAUAUUUAUUAAUUCAAGCAGUAUCUGAAUAUAUUGAUAGUAAAUUUUUGAAUUCUUUUCCUUGGUGUAAUAGUACUGACAAAGCAAAACAACGACAUGAAUUAAUAAAAAUUCUAAAUUAUUUACAUCCAUUAUCAACUUAUAAAAUACGAAGAAACAAAAACAUGAAACAAGAAGUACGAAAUUUAAGACUACAAAAAUUAGCAAAUUUAAAAUUUCCAGCAGCUGAUAGAAGAGAAAAUUGUGUUCGACCAAUGUCAGAAAUUCUAGCAUGGCAAGAAGAACAAAAAUGGAAUGACAUACAAUCAUUAACAGAAUAUUACUUUUAA